AUGACCAACAUAUCGGACAAAAUUGCGAGGGUCGCUGAUCUGAGCAAUUACACUGAGAUCACGCCUGAAAAGCUCAAAAAGAUCUUUGACGAUAUUGGUAGCAGCCCUGAAAAGCUUCGUGCAGCGUUAAACCUAUGGUUUGUCCCGGACUUCAAGCCAACAUUUGUACGCCAUGAGGAGAAUGCGGUCAGCACCCUUCAAGACAUUGAAUUCCUCGAAUCGCCAGAGACGGAGCGUCCUCAAAGACCUUUGCGCAUGAUCGAUAUUGAGACAGGCAACAUUGUCGACGCAUGGAACAUAUCGCACCUUGACUCAUAUUGCAUACUUUCCCAUCGCUGGAAAGGAGAUGAGAUCACCUUGGCACAUUUUAUGCGUGCCAGGAAAAAGCAUUUGCAGCGCUCCAGAGACAAAGCUGAGGAUCUCGGAGUGGUUGAUUCCAGCGUUGAAGCUUCAGCGGCUCGGGGCGACGAUAUCUCUCUUGUGCUUGAGCAAUGUAGGCUUGAUAUACUCGAGCAGGAGCAAAUUCUCGAGAUGAUCCUGAACCGAGAGUCUGAGACCUUGAGCGUGGAAGAACUCGUCAGGAGAAGAGUCGAAGGCAAUGAGAUGAGAUCGAAGAUGAACUCGGCUCGGCAAGCACGAGACUCGAAAAAGUCAAUGGUUGAUCUCUGCGAGAUUGAAAAGAAGAUGUUCGACAAGAUAAUCGACCGCGCCGGAAAGGCUGUGGGCAGCAAUGCAGAAGAAACGCCGCUUGUCUCAGAGACUUCAUCCACGCUACAGCCAGCGGCUUCGGACCAUCAUGCCACCACUUCUGCUGUCGUAAGAGACGCAAUUCAAGCCUAUGCUGAUGCAGAAGAGAGCUAUGAAAAAUUGAUCAAGGAUCAAGCGCUUGUUGAGAGUCGCUGUCAGAUUUUCCAGAAGAGGACUCGCCUCGGUGACGAAGUGGAUGAGCUGAUCCGUCGCCUGCAGAGGUGGAAGUCGGCCCUCAAGCUGGAUAGCUCGAUAAAGGAAGCCCGGAGGAUAUUCCAGACGAGCCAUUUUCAGAGACGCGGAGCACGUUACAUCUGGUCCGACACAUGCUGCAUUGACAAGAAGAAUUAUGGCGAAUUAUCCAAUUCCCUGUCUCUGAUGGGAGACUGGUACUCGAAUGCCGAGUUCUGCCUUGUCCAUUUGGACACGAAUUGGCGAGAAGCUGACGCCAUUGAUGAUUUGCGAAAGUUUCAAACAAGCGAGAAGAAAAUUGAAGGCAAGGCAGACAAAGUGCUGGAUCCUGCUCCGGCGCCAAAUAUCAGAAAGUUCAAAGAGAUCCCAUCCUCGAUUGAAUGGGCCUCUCGUGCGUGGACUCUACAAGAGCUGGUGAUGAGCAAAAUGACCUAUUUUGCCAAUUCGGAGUGGCAGCCUCUCAGUCGCCCUAUAGAGAGUCUGGGGGAUAUAUAUUCCUUGGUUCCGUUCAUGGCUCUUUACAAUGGUGGUCUUGAUGCCGCCAAGGUGUCUAGGUGGAAAGCCGAAAACUUCGCGGCUCUGGUACCCUACUUGCACAAGGACGAUGCUGAGCUUAUUUGGAACAGCAGUAUCUACGACCGUUGGGACGCGGAUGACCGGGAAGAAGCUAGAUGCGUUACAGAGUCGUUACAGCUGGUUGCUAUACUCAACGCUCUCGGUUUUCGCUUUCCGGACAAUAUGACGGUAGAAACAGCUACAUCUGAGAUAUCACGAGCGGUCUAUCUGGCCUCCUCAGAUCUGGUUGAGAGCAAGCGUCAUAAAUCGGACGACAAAAGGGUGCAACUGCUGGCGAAGCUCAAGAUGUUGUUAAGCGAAGAAAGCGCUGAAGAAAUCAUCAAAUUCUUCAUCACUUAUCUUGCAGCAAAAGUCGGAGGUGCCAUCGUCAAGGACAGACGUUCUAUUGCCAAGUUUGGUCACGUUGAGCUGCUCCGAGCGUGGGAAAAAGGAGUUGCUCGCCAUGGAUUUCCUGCCCACCUCGUUCUACUGCUGUCUUGCAGCCGAAAUGCAACUGUAGCGGUUGAUCACGUCUACUCGCUUAUGGGCAUUCUCGGCGUUCGAUUCCCAUCAUUCCAUGCCGAAGGCUAUGCAAAGGCCCUUUCUCGACUUUUGGACGAAGUCAUCGUCACCUAUAACGAUGUUUCCGUGUUCAAUUGGGCUGGCGCAGAAAUGGGGAGCCCUGUUCGCGGUCGGUCCAUGUAUCCCGCUUCCCACAAGGCGUAUGGCAAGGAUGAAGAUCGCGGUCGGCGCUACAACAUGAUGAUUUCAGCAAAAGUGAGACAGCAGCGAAGGGAGACAAUGAUUACCUAUCACGGCAUCAUCCAGAUGCUUCGAGAGGCGAUAGACUGCGUCAAGGAUAAAAAACGGGGACCCGUACCAUUGCACUGGGUUGCAGAAAUUGCGUCCAUCAUUGACAACUCUACUUUCGAGCAUCUCAAACCAAAGUUGGAGUCUAUGGGCAAGAUUAUUCUUUACAUCAAGAAACUCCAUGAUCGACUGAAGCAAUUGGCUUUGAGCAAUAAUGCUGCUCGUAAUGACUCGGAUAGCGUUCAAGGCGCAGACGAGAAGCCUUCAUGGUCAAUGAAUUUCUCCCCCUCGCUUCCAAGUCUAAAGUCAUCAUCGAAGAAAGUCGCUGGCUUUGGUAUGGGGAAAGACAUCAAAUCAUCGUUUGGCAUGUUCUCGUCCAAGUCUACCGAGAAAGCCGCCGCAGCCGAAGAAUCUGCACCCUCCGCCGUUGCACCAGCAUCGCCGCCUGAACCUGAAUGGAAAGUGCUCGAUUCGGGUGUGAUGGAAUAUCUGAAGUUCAUCCGUCAAUCCGACGAAGAGCAAGACGGACCAGAGCCUUUGCUGCCGCAACAACUGAAAGACAUUGUCUUCAAAGUGGUUGAACCUGAAUUGGUCGAGGGUCAAGCAAAGGGCAAUGAAGAGGGCCCGACGGAGGACAUGACGUGCCCAAACCCAAUCAUCGUCAACAGCUCUGGAAUCGAAGGCAUUUUCGAUAUACAACGGAUUGUCGUGACGAUGAUUGACCGGGAGAAGCUGGUGAGGCAAGUGGCAAAGGCCACCAGCUCGAAGCAGAAGAUAUCUGGUUGGUGCACUAUCAGCACCGGGUUUGCGAAUGUCGCUGUGCGUUUUGCAUGUGAGCAGCGUAUCCUGAAGACCCAGCUUGACGUGGAAAAGGCAACAGAAGACACUGUGAUUAAGGAAGGCUCCAGGGCGAAGAAAUUGUAUAAAAAUCUCGAGCUCCAAAACAUUGGCCAAAUGGUGGAGGAUGGGAAGGACCUGGUGGCCAAGAACACUGUCGGCGGCGGUAAUAAUGACGGCGAAGUGGAAGAGAAGGACUCAACGGACUACGCUCGCGCCACAAAGGAGGAAAAGGCGAUUGUCAGGAUGCUCGACUAUAUCCAAGAGCCUCGGCUUCAGCUUGUUGCCGGGGAGUGGGUGCUUGCGCGAUUCUCUGGAGUUCCAGGCGCCAAAUGGUUUCUCUGCUUCCUCGAACUGGGCUCGACGCAUCAGUUUUAUGGUCAGCGCAUAGCUUCUACAGAGAUCGACUUUGCCAACUCUGCGGUUGAGCCGGGACUCAUGAGCGCGUGGCACAUAUACAUGGAUCGGAAGAAGCAGAAGAUGUGUAAAAUCUUGGACACGUACAUCAAGAGCUCUGAGAAGGCAAUGCAGGGCGAGGAGAAGCUCUCAAAGGCUACCAACCUCGCAAGUGACAGCUACGACAAACUUGCCGACGCGGGGAUCCAGAGAAUCGAGUCGGCGAGGAGCUUCUCUUCCAUGUCGCCCCUCACAAUGAAGUUCCCCUUCUCGGCCAACAACGGAUCAAGCAAUGAUGUGAAGGGCACGGACUCCGACAGUGAUACUGAGGACGACAAUUUCUUCGAAGGCCUUCUCGAUCAUGCGAAGGAAGCGGCGGUGUCGCUUGGUCAUUACACUGUGUUGGCUGCGUAUGAGAAAUUCUUUGAGAUGAGGGCCCAGCGCCUGGAUAAGUAUCUCGCAGUUUCGGUUCUCAAGAAGACGCCCAAGAUCCUCCAGACCGCAGUGGAGAAUCUGGAUGAGAACAAAGGAUUCCUUCCCGCCAUGUUUCAUUCCGGACAGAGGAUACACAUGUUUUGA